AUGGUCGCCAUCAUUCCUCUACUUUCUUUCUUAGUCCUGGCAAUCAAGUUUGUUUCUGGGGCCUCCCCGCAUCCUCCACCAAGAAGCAAAACCUGUGUUGUUCCAUCAAAAUACCUCGCCUCGAAUGGCACUGCAGAUGACUCCCCCGCAAUCGUUUCAGCAUUAGCCAAAUGCUCGAAGGACGCUGUAAUUACUUUCUGUGAGGGAGUAAAUUACAAUAUCUUCAACCCAAUAUCUGCCAAAAAUUUGUCGAAUGUCGAAAUUCGAAUGCGAGGCAACCUCCAUCUACCUCAGAAUAUUACUGCUGUUCAAAAACUUGUCAACAUUUCGAAUGCUCUCACAUAUUUAACAACUUUAUACUGGAUCGCCGUCGCUGGUCCGUCUAUAGACUACGUUAGUACAGAUAAUGUUACGAACGGUUGGAUCGACUCCUAUGGGCAGGCGUGGUGGGACUUGAAUCCCGUCAAUGGAACAGGAACGCUGCUUCGACCUCACCUGCUCAGCUUCAACACCACGAAUGUCUCUCUCCGACAUUUCAAAUCCCGCAAACCUAUUGCCUGGAACGUCCAAUUAAUCGGCAACAACAUCACCGUUAGUGACGCAAUCAUCGACGCGUACUCAACAACUGCGAGUUUUCCCUUCAACACCGACAGUUUUGACGUGACGGGAACGAACAUCAAAAUCACUAACAGCGUAAUAUUCAACGGUGACGAUUCGAUCGCUGUACAGUCUGGCUCACACAAUGUCCUUUUUGAGAAAGCCACAAUCGGAUACCAAACCCACGGAAUGAGCAUCGGUUCCCUCGGCCAAAACCAAGCAUCCUUCGCCAACGUCUCAAACAUUACUUUCAACGAUGUGGCAGUCAUAAAUGGUGUCUAUGCAGCACGGUUCAAAUCUUGGAUCGGAGGUCAAGGUCUUGCUAAGAACAUCACAUGGUCCAAUAUCCGGUCUUACAACGUCUCCUUCCCUAUCUUUGUCACACAAACAUACUUCAACCAAGGGUCUUCUCAAACACAGCUUGAGACUGGUGGAGUUGUUGGUAGACCAAACAAUUCCACGGUCAUCAUGAAAGAUUUCAUCUGGGUGAAUUUUACGGGUACGAUUAACACAUUCAGUCCUGGCGACGGAAGCUGUGUUACCGACCCAUGUUGGUACAACGCCGGUCUGCCAGACUUGAAGCACACUGAAGCAAUUAUCGUAGAGUGCAAUACGAAUUCUUCUUGUUCGAACUUUGUGACGAAGAACAUUGAGUUGUUCCCGCAGGAUAUGGAGGCUCCGACGGUGGUGUGCUUCAAUGCCACGGCGGCCUUGAAUCCGAAAUUAGGGUUUGAUUGCAGGAAUGGCACGUUUAUUCCAGCGUAA